AUGUCUCACCGAAAGUACGAGGCCCCCCGCCAUGGUUCUUUGGCGUACCUGCCCCGGAAGCGGGCUGCCCGUCACCGCGGCAAGGUGAAGUCCUUCCCCAAGGAUGACCCGAAGAAGCCGGUCCACCUCACCGCCGCCAUGGGAUACAAGGCUGGCAUGACGACAAUCGUCCGCGACCUCGACCGCCCCGGCGCGAAGGCACACAAGAAGGAGGUUGUGGAGGCUGUGUCUAUCAUUGAUACCCCACCUAUGAUAGUUGUGGGUCUGGUUGGAUAUAUCGAGACUCCCCGUGGUCUGCGUUCCCUGACAACCGUCUGGGCAGAGCACUUGGGCGACGAGCUCAAGCGCCGCUUCUACAAGAACUGGUACAAGAGCAAGAAGAAGGCUUUCACCAAGUACGCCAAGAAGCACUCGGAGAACAGCGGCUCGUCCAUUGCCCGUGAGCUUGAGCGCAUUAAGAAGUACUGCACCGUCGUCCGCAUUCUGGCGCACACCCAGAUCCGCAAGACGCCUCUUAAGCAGAAGAAGGCCCAUCUUAUGGAGAUCCAGAUAAAUGGCGGUUCCAUUACCGACAAGGUUGAGUUCGGCCACGGCCUGUUCGAGAAGCCGGUGUCUAUCGAUACCAUCUUCGAGCAGGACGAGAUGAUCGACAUCAUCGCCGUCACCAAGGGUCACGGUUUCGAGGGUGUCACCGCUAGAUGGGGAACCAAGAAGCUGCCGCGCAAGACACACAAGGGUCUCCGCAAGGUCGCCUGUAUCGGUGCCUGGCAUCCGUCCCACGUCCAGUGGACUGUUGCCCGUGCUGGUCAGAGAGGUUAUCACCACCGUACGUCGGUUAACCACAAGGUUUACCGCAUCGGCAAGGGUGACGCCGACAACAACGCCUCGACCGAGAUUGAUGUCACCAAGAAGACGAUCACUCCUCUGGGUGGCUUUGUCCGUUAUGGUGAGAUCAACAACGACUUCGUGAUGGUCAAGGGCUCCAUCCCCGGAACCAAGAAGCGCAUCAUGACGCUCCGCAAGUCCAUGUUCAUCCACACGUCCCGCAAGGCCCUCGAGAAGGUCGAGCUCAAGUGGAUCGACACCUCGUCCGAGUUCGGACAUGGUGCUUUCCAGACACCGGCGGAGAAGAAGCAGUACCAGGGUACGCUCAAGAAGGACCUGGCCACCACCGCUUAA